CUGCCUGUUACUGUGGGUGGAGAUGUUGGUACACACAUGACGGGUUGCAUGGCUGACUACAGUGUGCCAGGUGUUGUUUUACAGUUUUAGCGAAUUGUUUGACGAGUUAGUGAGAUAACUUGACGAGGAAUUUCUUAAGUCAGGGGAAACAGACGGAUAUUUGUGCGCGUUUCUACUUUGUGGAGGUAAAUUCAGUGUUCCGCGGGCUUUACGAGCUGUCUUGAGCGGUAUCUCAACAUCAACAAACGGGAAAAAAAAUCAACAACUCUGCUUUUGGAUCUGUUUUUCUCUACGAGGAGAUCAUUCUACUCUUUAUUGCCGAUUGGGAAGAGAUUUGUGCUUUUUUUCUGCAGUUUUUUAGGUCACCUGCUUUUACACAUGCUGCCCCUGCUGCCGAGGACACUCAACUCUAUGGAUAAAUUCAUGGAGCAAGGUUAGAGAGCGAAGAAACAGAAACCUUGCCCUACAAGCCCGCUGCACAGAACUGAAAGGACUACGGACUGUUUUUUGCUGGGAAUAUACUCCCUUCUCUUUCUAACCUCACCCGGGAUUAACACAGAAAGCAGGUGAAAUGGUAGUCAACACUAUCCAUUGGUUCAGGAAGGGACUGCGGCUGCACGACAACCCGUCUCUGAGGGACUCUAUCCGGGGAACGGAUACCCUGCGCUGCAUCUACAUCCUGGAUCCCUGGUUCGCUGGGUCCUCUAAUGUGGGCAUCAACAGGUGGAGGUAAGGAAAGGGGGAAGUAGAGGGUUUAACAUGUUGUCUUGUAGACCUAAACACUAAAAUAAUGAACCCUAGUUGUAAGAGAGAUACCAAAACUUUCAACACUAGAAAGUCUGGCAUCAGUUUUUUGGAUACUAAUAGUUUAAAAAAGGUUGUAUAGAACAUUGAUUGUCACUUUAGAGUCACCCCUUUGCAGUUAUCUUGUGGUUGGAACCUUAUUUGGAUAUUUUACUGGUGUUUGUGUGGAUUUUGGCGCCCCCUAUGGACAAAGUUAUACCACCUACCAUAAAAUUAGAGUGAAAAAUACUCUUUUUUUAUCUACAUUUUUUUGUUGUCUGAAAGGAAAGUUGCAUCCAACAUUCCACUAGACACAGAACAAAACAUGGUUUUUUUUUUCAUCUUUCAGGGUAAACACUCUGUAAUGUGUCUGCUGUAUGUUUAGAGUUCCUGUGAGGAAUUUAAGUUUUGCUUGAACCAUGGCUGCUCCUUGUGGACCAAAUAGUGCUAGUUGUGACAUUUUUAUUCUUAAGCUGUGUUUUCUGACAAAAACGUUUGACAGUCAUUUUUUCUCUUUUUUUUGCUGUUGUUUUUAUUUCUUCUUAAAAAUGAUCUUGUUCGCUUCAUCUUAAAAAGACAUCAAUAUACAUUUUCGUCUGUUUUGGAGAGCUUUAUUACUAGGGAUGUCCCUAUCCGAUAUUGAUAUCGGAUGUCGGUCUGAUACCAGUAAAAACAAGUAUCGCAUUAUAUCGGCCUGUAUCCAAAAUCUCCGAUAUUCCGAUACAAGCAGUCCAUUCCAGACUCCGCACCCACACUUCUAUCUAGCAGCACCCAGAACUAGCAUGCAAAGUCCAUGUAAUUACAACAACAGCAUUUAAUAAGGUACUAACAAAGUAGCAAGGAGAAGGAGUGAUGUCGGCUGUGUGGCAGUGUUUUUGUUUAAGUCCAAAAAAGACGUUGCAGCUGAGUGCAAAACUUGUCAUGCACAAUUUUUUGCCAAUAUCGGAUCAACAUCGGUAUCAGUCAACAUUGAAGGCUAUAAUAUCAGUAUCGUAUCAAAAGUUAAAAGUCGUAUCAGGACAUUUUAAAACACUCUCAGACCAGUCUACUUUUUGCAGAUAUUUAAAAUUUAAUAUCUGCUGGUACUGAAACUUUGCUUUUUUUCAGCAAUGAUCCACUACAACUAUGAUGCUAUGAUAGCAGCUUCAUUACCUGAUUGGCUCAUAGUUAUGCAUUUAAUGGAAAUCCUCUCUCACUGUUCAACCAAAAUUUGAUUUUGAUGCCAAUACCAAGUUUUAAAUUACAGUAUCUGAUACUGAAAUAAGACCUGAAACUCAAACAACACUGAUUUGAUAUAUGAUCAGAUGCUAGAUGCCUACAAGGGUGUGUCAGGUUUGGAUUCUAGUAUAAUGAAACUGCAACAACCUGGUUUAAAAGGUUCUAACACAAAGUGAACGAUAUAAGGUGGAAAAGUGAAAUAUUGUCUAUUUCAAAUCUCCUAAUUCUGUAUGGCCAACCAGUCUUGACAGUAUGUGUUCAAUCAUACUUGUGCCACAGUUCUCUGAUAACACCUACUUUUUACAAACAGUGUCCUUUGCUCCCUCCUUAAAACACGCUCAGGCUUUAAACGAAGCUGUCUAAAGUAAUUAUGCUUUAAAAGCAUGCUGCAACCUGCCUGCUGUGUUAAAAAUGAGGCCAAUGCAGAGGUACAAAAGACUACAGUUCCUCCAGUGUCCACGAGAGGCUGCCAAUCAGAAUCAGAAUACUUAAUUAAUGGGCGGUGUACAAAACCAGUUUAUAGAAUGGGAUAUUGUACAGAGAAUUGCACUGUAUGAAUGUAAUUAUAUGAAGUGAAGAAGCUUACAUAACCACUCUCAGUUCCUUAGUCUUUGUCAGUUGAGCUGGAGAUGGUUCUGCUAACACCAUGUGACAAAGUUACCCACCACAGUCCUGGAUUCAGCCUCAUAUCACCCUUCCUGAUGCUCUGAAGGUGGCAGGACUCUGUGUAAUAGUCAAGUAGGCAAACUGAAGCAGAUCCAAGAGGUGUCUGACCACCAGCUUCAGUUGUUCCAGGAUGAGUCUCCCCAGGGUCUUCAUGAUGUGAGGCAUCAACGCCACUGGUCUGUAGUCCAUGAAGCUGUUGGGACACAGCGUCUUCAGCACUGGGACUUGGCAGAACCUCUUCCACAACACAGGGACCCUUUGAAGACCGAGGCUCAUCAAAGACGUGAUUAAGCACUCGACAGAGCUGGGGACACAGGCUUUGAGGACUCUCAAAGCAGUUUCUUUAUCCCUUUACACUGCAGGGGAAAAAAUGUAGAGCUCUGGCUAAAACAUUUUUGUCUUUAUGACACAGCAGACUACUAAAAUGUUGACAUACAAAGAGCAAAUGCACUUCAGCUACCUGAUGACAUCAUUUGGAGGUGUCAUCUAGCUCAGUUCAUUCACUUCCAGGGUCACGAUUCGAGACGUAAUGAUUGGUCUGUCACACUGUGUAGUUUGUCAUGUCUGUUGAUUGAGUCAAGGUACAAAUUCAAGUCUCUGUGAUUGCCUAAUCAGGCGGAGUGACCAUCAUAACAGACAAAACACUGUGUCGUCUAAACCUCUACCAUUAUAUAUAGAGUUGUUGGGGCAUGGCGAAUUUGAUUGACAUUGUAGCUGUCUGCCAAAAGGCUAAUCUCCUACUUUUCUUGCAUGUAGCUUCACUUUUGUUUUUGUACAGUAAAAUCAUAAAGCAUAAUUAUAUUUUAUAAGAUGUGUUUCUGCAUCACGCAACUUUGCAGUCAAUUCAGGUCAUAGAUAUGUGCGCUCUGGUUUAGUAACCUAUAUUUUCGUUGUCAGUAAAUGUGCAUUAUCAAUGCAUAUCUUGCAUAUCUGUGAUAAGGUGAUCUCAUUGGAUGAAGCAUCUGUAUUUUAAAGGUGAAUUCAGAUGGGUUUGGCUGCUUACAGGCUGUCAUGUGGUUCGCUCUGAGUUUUGAACACAUUGAAUGGGUUGAGUGAGUUAGCUUGUUGUGUAACUAUCGUGACAAAUGUACUACCCUGCUUCGUCACUCUACAGCACGUCCCUGAAUGGAGGGCUCUGAAACUGGGUCAGUAUGUCGUUCAUGCCAUCACAACGUCUCCCCUCACAGAGCUGACCUACAUUAAACACACUCAUUAGACCACCACAGUACCCCGCCCCACUACAACUGACACACCCCAUUUACUUCAUGCAACUACAGCCACAAUUGUACGUCACUGAGCUUUGUAAACAGACAGCUGAGUGUUACUGCCGCUGCUGCGCUGUUACAAAGUCUACACAGUGUUUUCCUGUCCAACCCUGCUGUUUAGAAAUACUUGGCUAUUUUGUAUUUCCAGAUAGAACAACACCACAGCCGUAAAACCAACUUAAUUUGUCUAUGACCACCAAAACGAGGUCUCGUUUGAAAUAGGCAUGUGCGAAAUUGUGAGUAUACAUCACAGCGUGAGAUUGUGAUUAAUACAUCACAACCAUCUACAAAACUGUAACAUGGAUGUCAAAUCUGUCUGCACGUAAUCCUUUUCUGAGUCUUGCUUCUUUGUCCCUCUCUGUUAAAUCAGGCUUUCUUCUUCCGUUUGUCAUGGAUUUUGACACUCUGUCAAGUGAUCCUUGGCUGUCUCCUGUAGGCACUCUGAUAUAAGAAACAUUAUAAAAAUAUGGAAGUUAUCAAAAUCAAAGAUAAGAAAUUCUUCAAAAAUACUGUUACUUUGCAAAAUUAAUAGAUAGAUAUAUCUACAUGAUACACACUGUCACCAUUUAUAUUCCGUAUGUGCCAACUUUUCUCAAAACAACUGUUACAUUUUACAGUGUUACAUAUAAUUUCAACGGUGUUGGCAGAUACAGCAGUACCCUUUCUUCUAAGACAACACAAUUUCAGUUUUUUGAAACAUGUUUGAACCCAAACAGCACUCUGGGAGCAGGAAAUACACUGAGUCUGAGAUCACACGUUGUGUAGAAUUGAACAGAAAAUUCGUGUUUGAGUACAUUCCUAACAAUCAGUUAAUUGUAAACACCCUAAUUAUACAACUCUCAUAAACAUACUCCCUCUGUAGUGUUCAUGGGGGUCAUCGUCAGCUCAGACUUAAAUUAAUAAGAAGUAGUAGUAGUUUAUUUGUCCCAUAGGGAAAUUGAAUUGCAGCAAAUCACACAUUUGGCAUUUCAUCAAGAACAGUAUAGAUAAAAUAAAUAAAUAAAUAAAUAAAUAAAACAGCAUGUAGACAACUUUCUCACUUAAUUAACAGUAAAAAUAAGUAACAUCAUCAUAAUCACACUUCCUAAGUCUCAGCUUUAACCUGAUUAGACUUGCUGAGCAGGCUAUAGGUGACUAACUAUGGCUAUUUGGUAUUUAGGCAUUUAAUGGCCUGCGGCACAAUGGAGAAUUUUGCUCUGUUUUAGUAAACAUAGGGGGGCGUUAUCGUCGCCCAGAAGGCAGGAGGUUAAAAGAGUGGGCAAGGGGGUGCCUUUGGUCACCUAUAAUGUUCCUUGCCUUUUUUCCUGUCCUGUCUCUGUAGAUGUCUUCCAUACAUGGCUGAGUAGUGCCCAGUAACUUACUGGAUAUGGAUAUAAUUUCUCUAACCCUCUUUUUCUGUGCCUCUGUGGCAUUGCCAAACCAGCAGGUAAUAUAAAAAGAAAAAAUGCUUUUGAUAAAAGCGCAGUAAAACAUUUGGAGCAUUUUCCUUUCAACAUUAAAAGACAGAAGUUUCUUUAAGUGGAACGUUUUUUGUUGAGACUUGGUACAGAUUUGAUCUGUCCACUUCUCCCACAUAACUUGACCCUUUACAAUUAAUUUAAUUCAAACCGAAUCAGGACACAUUACCAUGUCCCUGUUCUCCCAAGUCUUGGCUGGCCAUACACUCCUCGUUCCUGAAAAAAGCAUUGCGACACAACCUGUUACAUGAGUCCAAUGCAUGGCCAACAUGUGAUGUCUAAUUCUCUGCUAAAGUGAAUUCAUUUGAAAUGAUAAGAUCUGUGAGCUGGUGAAUGCAAAGCCUUCAUAGAGAUGAUAUACCACAUGCCUGUUACAUCUCAUUCACCACCUAUAAGUCUGAACUUCUGGCAUUCUGGCAUUAUUAUUUGGGCGCACCAUCACCAAGCAAUCUUAACCACACUCUGGGACGUUUGACCUCUAAUGACCCCUCAAGUCCUGACUCUGCAGACUGUGCUUUAUUUAUAGAUGGAACAUCAAAGAAGCGUUAAAAAUGAAUCAUUUUUCCCUAUGUCAUAUAACAUAUGCAUUACACAAACUAUGAAAACAUCAUGUUUUAGACAGCUCCAUAGCUUUUAACACUGAUGUGCACCCGAAACCACAAAGCCAGUGAAUUUUCAGUCAUGUUCUCUGUGUUGUUGAUCACUGUGAAGCACAUCUUGUACUUUGCACAUCUUGCACUAAUUGUGCCUAGGCUCGUUAGAGUCUGGAGCAGUGUGAGAACAGACCAGUGAGAGACUGGGGAGUUGGAAAAUUGUAUUCCAGCACAGUACAAGGAAACUGGGCCAAGUGAGAGCACCUGUAGUCUUUAAGUUCAGACUUGUCUUCAGGGACUAACAGAUAGUGCAAACCGCAGUGUUUCUACUAUAUUUCUAGUUUGUAUUUAAAUGUAAAAGGCUCUAGAUUCCCCCUGUCUUACAAGAAAGGAGAAAAAAAUGGUUGAAUUAUAAGAAUUCCUCCUAUCGCUACAAAAGGCAAGUAAUCCCACUGUGGAGUUAAACUAAACCUGUGCCUUUCUUUUAACUUGAAUAAGAAACUAUGAGAUGCUGCUUUGGAAAUCAGGUUUGAUGCAAUUGUAACCCUAAAAGAGACAAAAUUCUUCACUUUAAGUAAGGCAUGUGAGCCCACCUACAGAGGGCGCACUUCCUGUUGUGAUAACAGAAGUUUCUGCUGCGCCAGACAGUGCACUGAUGCGGAUGUUGUGUUCUAAAAGACUUGACCAGCAGAGGGCAGCAAGCUCACUCUUUGCAUUCUGUGCCAUUGCUUUUUUUUUUUUGUUGGAUCAUUAUUUUGUCUCAUCUCAGAGGUUUUGCCUUUAAUUUUUUUUCAUAAGUGCUUUAAAGAUGAAGCUAAAAAUAACUUGUUUUGAAGGUGCUGUAAUGCUGGUAAAAUACCAUCUUGCAUUCUCAAGAGUUGGGAUUGAAUUAAAUCCUUUUUACCUGGAGUGUAACAGCUAAGGUGAUCUUAAGUCUUACUAAUUUGUCUUGUAUAAAAAGUAGUCAUGUUGUGUGAAUGCCCAGACUUCUGAUUUCAUGCAUUUUUACUGCACAUUCAAAGCAGCAGCCUUCAGGCCUGACUCCUUCACAAGAAACUUCUGGGCAUCCAAUCAGCUUAGCCUUUAAGUCCAGUCAGCUGGGCUCACACAUGUGGUCUCGUGUUUUGGUUUCAGGGGCUGAAUUUAACCUACACUCACUAGCUAGUAUAAUAAAUUGUAUAACUAUUUCACACACUUAUUAGUUUCAGUUUAUUUCACUGAGAAAAAUAAAUGUAUGGCGUUGAAUGUAAUUUAAAGAGGAUGCCACAGAUACAAUUCCUGUUUUUGAUCAAUCGUGAAUCAGUUCCAGCUCAGAUACAACCCUAAGAGAUUCAAUCCUAAAGAAACUUCAGUGAAAUAUUGUUUCAAAAAUAAAAAUGAAUUAGAGGGUUUUGAAAACUCUUAGAAAUGCUGGAACAUUUAAAUCCACUUAUCCCUCCUUAUCAGACUCCUCACCUGCUACCUGAUAGUUAACAGGAGCCAUUCGUGGCUAGCAUUCAUGUUUGUGUGCAUCAAUGUAUGUUUGCACCGUACCCAGCUGUCUGAAAAAGAACAGAAGGAGAAGAAUACCUGCAAGAACAACAAAGAAUAGAUUUUUUUUGAGGUACAUGACUGAUUCGGUACAAACAAUUACCCACCAUAUGCUGCUUAUUUCCCACUGUCCUCUCAUCAUCAGAUCAGUCUGUUGCUGUAUGACUGAUCUCGUUAUUGUAGAAAGUGCGAUCACUGCGUCUGGUUUUCCAGCUGUAUAAUUAAUGGAUUUCUUCAUUCUGUGUGUGUCAGGUUCUUGUUGCAUUGUCUGGAGGACUUGGACGCCAGCUUGCGCAAACUCAACUCCCGCCUGUUUGUCAUCAGAGGACAGCCCACAGAUGUCUUCCCUCGUCUGUUUAAGGUGGGACAAUUAAUUGAAAGUAGAUCAAACAAUUCAGAUAGCUAACGCAGGGAGCGUUCAAAUACAAGAUUGGGGAAAAAAGAGUCACUCUUACUAUUGAUUAGCCUCACAUGCAGCACAUGACUCAAACAGAUACUGUGUCAAUUCACCAUAAACGUGUGAUUCUCUCGGAUCUAAAAGAUAAACCUUAACCUUUCUCUCUAUCUGUCUCAUUCAGGAGUGGGAGAUCACACGCCUAUCUUAUGAGUACGACUCCGAGCCGUUUGGGAAGGAGCGUGACGCCGCCAUCCAGAAACUAGCCAACGAGGCUGGGGUGGAGGUGGUGGUGCGGGUUUCACACACACUCUACAAUCUGGUGAAGUGAGUGAUGAAACAAUGAUUAAUAAAAAUGAAUAAACCUGUGUGGAUCAAAGUGCGUUCACCAUUUUCCACUCUGUUCUUGUGCGUGAGAUAUUUAUGCUAAUUUGAAUCCCGUUUCUCUCCUGAAGGAUCAUUGAACUGAACGAUGGUCAGCCUCCUCUUACCUAUAAACGCUUCCAGACUCUCAUCAGUCGUAUGGAUCCUGUUGAGCCUCCUGCAGAGACAAUCACUCGGGAUAUGAUGAAAAACUGCGCCGUGCCCAUCAGAGAUGACCACGACGACAAGUUUGGGGUGCCGACCCUGGAGGAGCUUGGUGAGUUUUUUUCGUGAUUUGUAAAUCUGUGUUGUCGCCUCAUGUAAAUAUAGCAUAAAACUGUGAGUCACAGACUACAAAGUGUUUAUGAAUCUGUCUUUUUUGUCGCUUUUAUACGAUCAGGUUUUGAGACAGAAGGCUUGGGCUCGGCCGUGUGGCAGGGAGGAGAAACAGAGGCUCUCAAAAGGCUGGAGCAGCACCUGGAGAAAAAGGUAACAAGAUAACACUGUACAAGCAUGAAAUAUGAGAUUGAAAUACUUCCUCUUAACUUUUUCCAAAGAAAACAAUUCAAACAUUGAAAGUGGAGUUACUGUUUCAAUUUGGUGACGUUGAUGUGUCUCAAAAAAAGUUCAAACAGAUGGAGCAAAACUAGUGAUGCUCUGAAGCUGCCAAGUUUAUUUAAACAGAGAUAAAAAAUUCCAACCAUGCGAUUAAAUGGCAGAAAAAUGAGUCAUGAUUUAACAUUGUUUAUUUAACAUAGCUGAACACUGGGUGCUCAUGCAGCUGAACAAAGUCUGCAGGUUCAUCAAGUGUGGCUAACAUUAGCAGAGCUAGCAACACCAGUCUUUGGUCAUCCGUGCAGGUGACUCUGUAGUCGAAGUCACCGUGCGGGCUGCUCCACACAGCUUACACGUCACAAUACAUUGACCCCUUUGAAAACAAUCUGCUCCUCUCUUCACAGGCCUGGGUGGCAAACUUUGAUCGUCCUCGUAUGAAUCCCAACUCUCUGUUAGCCAGUCCGACUGAACUCAGCCCCUACCUUCGCUUCGGAUGUCUCUCCUGUCGACUCUUCUACUUCAGACUCACCGAGCUGUACCGCAAGGUGUGUACAUCCACGGAGGAAACAACAGUUUAAAAAAAGUUAAUUCAUUCUUUUAACUUUUGGCAAAGAGAAAAAAGUGACAAAGUUGUUUGCAGGAGUAUUCAAACAAAAUGUGUGAUUCAAUCAUGUAGGGUUGUUGGUUUUUUUUUGCAUGUGGAAUAAAAACGUUGGCUGUUAAUUGAUGUUGGAAACUAAAUUAUGAUUUUCUGUUCCUCUCAGGCAAAGGAGAGCAACAUCAUCCCCCUCUCUCCGUACGGUCCACUGCUGUGCAGGGAGUUCUUCUACACUACCGCCACCAACAACUCCUGCUUUGACAAGAUGGAGGGAAACCCUGUGUGUGUUCAGAUCCCCUGGGACAGGAACCCCGAGGCCCUGGCCAAGUGGGCAGAGGGACAGACAGGCUUUCCCUGGAUUGAUGCCAUCAUGACCCAGCUGAGGCAGGAAGGAUGGAUCCACCACUUGGCGAGGCGUGCCGUGGCCUGUUUCCUCACCAGGGGAGAUCUGUGGAUCAGCUGGGAGGAGGGCGUGAAGGUAGGUCUACUGAGAGCCUCUCUCUCUCUGUAUUUAACACAAAUGAGUUUCUUUCUGUGGGAUCAGGAUUUUAAGAUUAACAUUUUAAAUUCAGUACAUCUUGAGUGAUGUUACACCAAAUAAAUGUACGCAGCUGAUUGGAAAAAUAAAAAACGUCUCUGUGCCUCAUGCAGGUGUUCGAGGAGCUUCUCAUUGAUGCAGACUGGAGUGGGAAUGCUGGCAGCUGGAUGUGGCUUUCCUGCAGCGCCUUCUUCCAGCAGUUCUUCCAGUGUUACUGCCCAGUGGGAUUUGGGCGACGAACAGACCCCAACGGGGACUACAUACGGUCAGUCAUCACAGAAUAAAGAAGCACAGAUGUUUUUAUAAGCAGUUUUUUGGUUUCAUUAUGCCUCCUGCAGUCAUUAAAAAAGAUGGAUUAAAGAACACGAUCUUCUUGCUCUCUUAUGUGGAUUUCUAUCACAUCAGCUUUCUCAAAGCCUUUAGAUUUUCAUUUGGGGUUGUAGUUACUGGUGAACAGAGAGAAAGAUAAAUGGAACUGGCUCAUUCAGGUCCUUCACAUUGCUCUCCUCUCUUGUCUUUUCCUCUAGGCGCUAUUUGCCCGUGUUAAGAGGUUUUCCGGCCAAAUACAUCUAUGAUCCGUGGAAUGCCCCGGAGGAAGUGCAGAAGGCAGCCAAGUGUAUCAUUGGAGUCCAUUACCCCAAACCCAUGGUGAACCACGCCGAGGCCAGCCGCAUCAACAUUGAGAGGAUGAAGCAGAUUUACCAGCAGCUCUCCUGCUACAGAGGACUGGGUAACCACAUGAUACUUACUGACGACACCAAAAUCACAUGAACUGCUGUAUGUAAAACAAAGUAAUCUACCAAUAGACACAGCUCAUAUAAAAUGCAAAUGCUCAGUCACUUCUUGUGACCAGUUGAGAUUUAGGGAUCAUGAAAGGGCCGAGUUAGAAGACCUCAGGGUGUGGUCAGGCUCAUAGGGUGCUAGCUGUGGAUCAAUAGUAGUCUUUAAAUGUUGUGCUUACUGAUGCCAGAAUAAAGUGCAGUACAGUAGUCCAGUCUGGAAGAAAUAGGUACAUGAAUGACUUUUUUAAAGUCAGGGGGAGAAAAAAAAGACCUGAUUUUGGUUAACUGUCUAAGCUGACUAAAGCAGGUCUGUAUGAUUCUGGUCCCCUGGCUGUCAAAGGAGUGUCACUGGAAAAGGCACCAAGACUGGAGGAACAAUCACAAAUGUAGCUGGAAGUGGGGGUAGAAUGAGUGAUGACAAUAACUUCAGAUUCGGAGUUAUUGAGCUGCAGAAAUUUUUCAGACAUCCAAUUCUCGAUUUCAGUCUGACAGGACAUAAUGUGAGACUCAUCCAUGGAGCCAGGUUUUAGCAGCGCAUAGAGCUGAGUGUCAGGUGCAUGGCAGUGAAAGUCUAAACCAUGCCUAUGCAGGGGGGAGCAUGUAAAUAAUACAGUAAAUAAAAGGGGACCCGAAAUAGACUUCAGGGGGCACCUCAGGAUAGAGGAGGCAUUUCUAAGCAUUUAGAAAGAGACCUGUUUGACAGAUAGGAGAUGAACCAGUCCAGCACCAUAUCACUGAGUCUAAUAGUGUUUCAGACAGCUGAUUGAGACACUGAGGUAGUCUGCAUCAAAUGCUAAACUUAAAUCAAAAAGAAUUAACAAAGAAUUGGCUGUUAGCAAUAAGUCAGUGAGACCUUGGGAGCAGAAACCAGACUUAAAAUUUCCCCAAAUGUUCAUGCAGUAUUUGCAGACAUCUGCUUUUAUUAUCUUUCAUUUCUGUUUUCAUUACAUUUCUGAGUGCUGAUCAUUUUUGCAUAACAUGGAGUCAAUAAUCACCUGUCGGACAGGACUGGAGAAAAUGUAGCAAUUCAGGUGAUGUCAGUCGGUAACCUGUAUAUAGCACACCCAAACAGUUUCCUUUUUCUUGGGAAAGUAACUUUAAAAAAAAUAUUAAAAAAAACAUUAUAGGUCUCUAAGUUUGUGGUGCCAUUUUUCCCUUAUCAGAUGAAUCACAUGAAGAAAGACAAAAGUGGGGAGUUUUUCAAAAAUCAGAGUACUGAGUACCACGAUGAGGACUAAAGAUCUCUAUACAGGGUGUGAGGUUCACCAAAAACAAUGUCUUAUUACCUGAUUCUCUGCAGUUUCAUGCUUCUUUAUUACCACAAGGAUUAAGGACCAGCUCUGACUGUGGCAUUGACAAGCAUCAAACUCUUCUAUGCUUUCUUUAGUUUUAAUUCGUCAGUCAAUGAAACAGUCUUUCUCUCGCUCUCUCUUGUUCUGCAGGCCUUCUGGCUACAGUACCUGCGAACUCCAGCAGUGGUGCACACAGCAGUAACAUCAAAGGAGUCAAUGCAAGGAGCAGUAAGGGUCCAGGAGGAGCUCCAGAAAACCCCGCCUCACAUGGGGGUACAUCUCGAACAGGUACAACCCUGAUUUGGUGGUCCGACUUCAGAUUCAAACAUCAUGAGAAACAAAAAGUAGAGAAGAUUCCCCUGUUCGUGUUGAAGUAAUAGCAGCUAAUGUAAACACCCAUGAGGUUAAGGUGUGUUGUUGGUGUUGUGUGUAUUGUUUGCUCUUGUAGCCUGGAGGAUAGCUGCAGUUGUGUGGAACAGGUGACUGAAUGUCUGGCUCCAUUACAGCACAACUUAAAUUGAGCAAAGUGUUAGGUUCAGGUAGACCACAAAAUGAAGCUCAGCCCUGAUGUACCCCAGUACUUCACCUCUGCCCAUAUUAGCUGACUGCUCAGUUCUUAACCAAGUAUGUAUCCAGCUGGUAAAUGUCAAAAUUGCUUAUCUAUUCCAACUUUCUCCUCAAACAGCUAUACAGCUUUAGACUUUGGCUUUCCAUAAACAAACAUGGAAGGCAGGGGGCUUAAUCAAAGGGUCUUUUUGCUGCUCUCCCUCCCCAGUCUUUUCGUUUAUGCACAAAAUUUGGAUUGGAGGGUUGGGCUGUUUCGCUAAUAAAAUCCUGUUUCUUUUUGAUCUCAUGACUUUUGUUCUGUUUGUCAUCCUAAAACAGAGAGAGGACAAUCGGCACAGAAGAGGCGCCACGAAGAGGCUCCGUCUGAGACCAGCAGUAAGUCCUUGAGGCAAAGCAAAUGAUGAGAGACGGACAGAUACAAAGGGGGCCCCUCAGAUGGUCAACCUGGAUCACAUUGCCUCCUGCAGGACCCUCAGAUAACUCUCAGCAGUGACUGUAACUAACAACCAUGACACAGAGAACAGGGGCGCCAGGUCCCAGCUGCGACCGUUGGCUGGUUGCAUAAAGACCACAGCAUGUCGCAUGAUAUUUGUGAUCAGAUAGUUAAAGGUCAGACAGGAUGGUCAGCAGUCAACACAUCUGGAUGGCCAGAUUAGACACAUGACACAUCUCAGGAACAGAGAAAAAAACACAGAGUCUGCAGAGGAGGAACCCUAAAUCACCUGAGGGCCGAUCUACGGAGCAUAUAUGACAUUUAAGGUAGCCAUCUAUUUUGACCCGGCUACAUCCCUUUGGUAUCUCACAACCUGCACUAUGGGGCCAGUUUGGACUAUGGACCCAGAUUAUCUUUGACCGUGGCCAAUAAGAUGAAGCCUGAAGCUCACAUAAUGCUGAUCAUCGACUGAGCCUGAGUGAACAGAGACACUUGGUAGCCAGCUUUAUGCUUUUAGGAGCUUUAGGUUUUGUCUUAGCCUGCGUCCGUUAUGAAGAUAAAGUCAAACUCAUCUCAUAAUGCAGACCUCUGUUUUAUAGUCUGUCUUCAUCAGGGUGCUGAGAGGCCUCCUGUCGUCUUCCACUGUUAAAGCUCGAACUCGUUCUCCCCUCAAACUUCACAUCAAUGAAUGUGAAAUACUGUCUGAAAUCCUGACAGCUUUGGCAUCUGCAACUUCACGUUUAAGCGUCAGACUCCACACCCUGACUGUUCGGACCUCUAAACUCAAUCAGGAGGAGAGAUUCUGUGCCUGGCUGACCCCUCACCCUCUGUUUUCUCAUCAACAUGAUUAAAAAGAAAAAACUCUUCAAACAUAUUUAGUGUCUUUCCUCAUGUAUUCCGUAUCACAUUAUAAUGUCCUUCUACAUAAAGUAAGAGAGACAGAGACAGAAUACAACCAAUGAAGACUGUCAGGUUUCUAAUAAAGAAAAAUAAACCUGACUAAUGGUGAGUAUUUGUACAUAUUUAUUGUUUUUGAUCCCAGCUUUUGUACAUUUGAUCACAGGGUUUCACAGCUUCUUUUUGUAAAGAAAUUAUUAACCAAAACUCAAAGACCUACUGUGAAUGCUCGUGUUUUUGUCUGCCAUGUGAUGGUCAAUCUGUUAUUUUUGUAUAAACUGACCAAAUUCUAACUGUAUUAAACAUGAAAUAAAACACAAUCGUUGUUUCUGUUA